GGGUCUCACAACUUAUACAAACUUAGCCCGGACUUAAAGGCCGUACACACGACAAGUCCCAGAGCGGAGACCAUUAAGAAAGCAAGAGAGGUGGCAUUUGGGGGCAAGGGGCAAUGAGGAUGGAGGGGCAAGAGAUACCAGAGUGGGCAUCGUAUAGUCAGGAGCCGGUGGAGAUCUACCCCACUGGAACCACCAUGGGGCCCUUGGCACCCCUCAACUCAUACAUGACUCUGAAUACGGUGGGACUGUCGACCCCUGGCCCAUACCCUGGAUCAUCUUCACCUACCACAAACCCAAGCCAAGGAUAUCAAGCCUAUGCAUGCCCCAGUCGCCCGCGGGAGAGCCUGAAGGCUUACGAGAGGAGAACAGCGGCCCACUCCAAGCCCCCGUACUCCUACAUCUCCCUCAUCACGAUGGCCAUCCAACAGGCCCCAAGCAAGAUGUUGACACUCAACGAAAUUUACCAGUGGAUCAUGGACCUGUUUCCCUACUACCGUCAAAACCAGCAGCGGUGGCAAAACUCUAUCCGCCACUCUCUUUCCUUCAACGACUGUUUUGUGAGGGUGUCCAGGGCCCCUGAUCGACCUGGCAAGGGCUCCUUCUGGGCUAUGCACCCAGGAUCAGGAGACAUGUUUGAGAAUGGAUGUUACUUGAGGAGGCAGAAGAGGUUUAAACUGCCAGAAAAAAACAAGCCGGCCUCUCGCACCACAAAGGACACGGAGGCUAACCGGAGCCGGGAGAAAGAGAGACUCGAUGGAGAGAAAAAGGAGCUUGGAGCAUGCCAAGGCUCUAUGGUGGAAGACAGAGAGGGUGGGACUGUUGCAGGUGGACAUUUUAUGGGUUUGGACAUUGAUGAGCUGGUGAGAGAUACCCAUUACGACUUCAGCCACCCGUUCUCCAUUAGCAGCCUAAUGGGGGUCGGGGAGCAGAGUCUGAUGGGGUACAGGAUCCAAGAGACAGCCGGGGAGGGCUCGAGCUUCUUCCAGGGUGUGUAUACCAGGUCCCUCCUAAACGCAUCAUAGUUCUUCUCUGAGUGAGGAUUUGAGGAGCCUUGAAUGUCAGACGCUCAAGAGCGGCCAAGUGGAUCCAUCGCUUUGUCCCAAAUCUGGUAUUUUACAGUUCUGUACGCUCAAUAAACCUAUACGAUGGUUAAAUAA